CUGGCUGACCCUGUUAAGUUGACGGCGAAGACGGCGGCAGGAGAGAUGCCAAUGGAGGACGACGUGUGGGCAAUGUGGAAGUGGAACCCUCUCAGGAUAUCGAGGGGUGUGGGGUCCAGAAAUUGGGUCUCGCCAGGACUGAGCAAAUUCUCAAUGUACGGAUUACACCAUUUUACAAUAAUAUCGUUAUACUACAUUAUCAGUAUCGCGUAA